UUUGAUGGAGCCUCCAAGCGCAAUCCGGGGCCAGCUGGCUGGGGCGCUGUGCUGUAUGAUGAGGCGACAGGCGUGUCGCGCAUGUGCCAGUACAUGGGCGAUCAGCACACCAACAACCAGGCCGAGUACGCCGGGCUGAUUGCGGGGCUGCAGGCGGCCCUGGAGCUGGGCUGCCGCCGCAUCCCGGGGCAAGGGGACCGCACCCUUAUUAUCCCGGCAGUGCUGGGGGACUGGCAGGUGAAGAAUGAAGGCCUGCGCCCCUACCACGCCGCCGCCACCGCCCUCAUGCACCGCUUCGCCUCCUUCCAGGCGCGGCAGGUGCGGCGGGAGCUCAACCAGGCCGCCGACGCGCUUUCCAACCAGGCCAUAGCCGAC